AUGCAAUGGGUCGCUAAGGCCGAACCUCACGCGCUGGACCGCUACAACGUCGCUGCGCUGCUGAUGCCCACCAAGCUCGUCAUUGGUCCAAAGACAUGGCUCAAGACGUCACGCCCCGCCGAAGGGCCUGGCGUGGCUCCACGGCACGGAGCCCAGGGGCGAAGACAAGGACGCGUUGGCACGAUAUCCGAGUGCGGAUGGUCCGAGCGCGCUAGCCCUAGGAACAGGUAUAGGACAAGAGGUUUUGUCUUUCUCCUCAUCGCUGAAAUCGCUAACGAUGAGAGUAGGAUUAUCAAGGCAGCCAGCAGCUCCCGUACAGAGCCAUCUCACGCAACCCCAACGACGACUCCGACAACCUCACUAGUUUUUAUGCCGACGUCAAUGCAAGACGUUGGGGACGAGGUUGACGAGCAGGAAGCGGUGAACACCGGGACGGGCAAGACGAGUGAGGUCGACGCCGGUGAUGGACGAGCCUGA